UUGAUCCGUAGCUGAAAAGGAGGAGGGAAGCUCGCGGGGUCCUUCGUGCACGACGCUUCCCCUGACUCGCGUAUUCGAGGGCAGUAACGUGUGAACAGGCUUCCUGCCUAGGCUCUGGAUCUCAGCAGACAGGAAAGCCGUCAAGGGAAGGCGCCUCUCCCGAAGCAAGGUUUGUCACAACUGGCAAUGGAUAAAUUCCUAGUCCGGGGGGCUCUUAAGCUCCAACCAGAGAAAAGAAAGCAUCAGCCGGAGGAGGAGGAGGAGGCAGGUUGUGCCAAGGAAGAGAAUGGAACAGAGGAGAAAAGGCCCAGGCUACCCAUGGCCCUCCCGGAUGAGCCCCGCGUGAUAUGUGCCACCCCUUGGAAGGAAAUUCGGGCUGAGGGGUUGGACUGCAACUACACCGUUCUGUUUGGCAAAGCCAAGGCUGACUGGCUCUUCCAAGAAUUGGAAAAGGAGGUAGAAUAUUUUGAAGGAGAAUUUACCAAACUGCACGUCUUUGGCAAGUGGCACAACAUUCCGAGGAAGCAGGUGACCUACGGAGACUCUGGGUUGACCUACACUUACUCGGGGGUCACCUUCUCUCCCAAACCGUGGAUUCCAGUUCUGGAGCACCUCAGGGACCAGAUCCAGCUGGCCACAAGCCACACCUUCAACUUCGUUCUCAUUAAUAGAUAUAAAGAUGGACAUGAUCACAUAGGAGAGCACAGGGACGACGAAAGAGAGCUGGUCCCUCGCAGUCCCAUCGCUUCAGUCUCUUUGGGGGCCUGCAGGGACUUUGUCUUCCGGCACAGCACUUCCCGAGGCAAAAGACCUUCGCGCCACAUCGAGCCCAUCAAGUUGCCAUUGCAACAUGGCAGUUUAUUGAUGAUGAACUUCCCAACCAACCGCUACUGGUACCACAGUUUGCCCAUCCGCAAGAAGAUCUUGGCUCCAAGAAUCAACCUGACCUUUCGGAAAGUGAUGGCUCACAGGAUUGUGACAUAGAGCUGUCCAGUUUCUAUGUGACCACUCCUUGUCCUUCUUGAAACAGGGGUCCUCUUUUAUAGUUGAUGGCCGCCUUCGCACACAAGGGCAGCACAAAAUAUGGAUCACACCAUGUCAGGACAUUUCUCUACUCAAAUGGUUUCGAGCAACUUGUGAACUUUGCUGAACAUUUGAUUUUGAGUAUCACUACAGCGGCCAUAUAGCAAAGUCUGAGCAGACAGUUUUGUACUAUGGCUAAUCUGCCUUCAGUGGUCUGGGCGGCUUCCACUCCUCUGGGUGUUGCAGCUGCUGAAAAGGGAGAGGAAUGCACUUUGCUCAGGCUACAGCUGGUUACCCUCCGCAACCCGCCCACCCCUGCCGGACCCCAAACUGAGAACAUGCUAGGACUGUCUUCCAUCAGCUGUUCUAAAGUCACCUUCCUCCCAGAACUGACACUCAUCUACGCCUGAUCCAAAUAUCCUUCUCCCCUCACCCCGUACUAUUCAGAACUGCACAAGUCUAUUGAGGGCCCAUCUCUGUCUUUCAUUGCAGCUGGAAGCCUCCAUUCUCUCUUAUAUUCUAGAGCCAGUACUGGGCAUCUUUUUACCAUAACCCAGCGAUAUUAGGACCUGCCAAGUACAAUCAGUGUCGUCUAGGGAAAUCUAAGGCUGAAGAAAGACUGCAAUCUUUUUGCCUUCAAAAGACUGAAAAUGGGUUUAGAGGCUUCACCGAGGUAUACACACUUUAAAAAAACACUGUCGUGGUAAAAACAAGGUUUGCAGAUCUUGGGAACAAUACAAAAGCCUUCCAGAUCUGUUUUACAGAGUGCCAGAAAUAGGAUGAAUUAUAUACUAUGAGCCGCAAGCCAGCUGUUUGAAAUACCUUGCCUGCCUCUAGCUGGCAAGCAUCGGCAGAUGUGAUUCUGCAUCUGUCCUACUUCCUCAAGAUUGUUCCUGUUUCAAAUGCAACAGAAUUCCUGGUUUUAAAAAUGCUUUCUGAAUUA